AUGAAGAAGCCUUGCUUUUUUGCCAGUGGGGAGCCGACGCCUUUGGGAAGGAGCGCCAUUGAUGAACAAGAUCUGAACAAGGCCUGCGCUCCUUGCAAGGAGUCUCGGCAUAAAUGCCCGGGCCAUUCACGACUGAGGCAGCGGACCAUCAUCGACAAUCCGUUUUACAAGGAUGGUCUGCUCUACAAGGAGGCCAAAAAGUCUACACCCAAACCCGCCGCGCCCAAGGCCACGGCGCCCAAAAACACCACGCCCAAACUUGUGGCGCCCAAAGCCGCGGCACCUACACCAGCGCCCAAACCAGCGGCGCCUAAACCAGCGGCGCCCAAACCAGCGGCGCCCAAACGAGACGCACCCGUGGCGGUCAAGGUUGCAGGGCCGUCGAAGCCCCAGGUAAAAGGUAUUGUGCCAAACUCCCCAUGCCCAAUGCUCUCUGAAAUGUCUUUGUUAGAUUCCACUCCGAACGCCAAGCCAAAGGCCCAGCCCUCGAUUGCGUCGCCCUCAGACUCUGCGCCCACUGAGAUUGGUAAAUCUCUUCAAAUGAAGUCCAGCCAUCCAACUGACCAAUUCAAUUGCCCAGCUCGUAUGGAGGACCGCAUCAUCACACUCGAAAAACAGUGCAGGAGACUUGCGGCGCAGGUGGAGGAGACAAGGGAGAAGCUCGACGGUGUCAUCGAAGAGCGGAAGGAAGACGUGGCCGAACUGCUCCUCAAGCUGAAGAAGAUGGAGCAAUCGGUUACCUCAACCAAGGAUUGGACGACGCAAAAGGUGAUCUUCGCGAUGGAAAGCCUUUUCCUCCUUGGAAAUGGCAUCCAUGCGGCGCUCCUAGAGUUGGUGACGAAAAUGACCGAUCUUCCGGAGGAGAUGGGCGCACUGGUAUUGGUGGAAAGCGACGACUCAGUGGCGAAGGUGAAGGAGUUGUUGGAGCGCGCCAAACCCAAGUGGGAGGAGAUGAUCCAAGUCCUCGAAGCUCGACUGCCCUGCGCCCAGGAUUUUCAAAGGGGUCAGUCGACGUCGCCCCCCACUGAUGCAGGUCCACGUUCGUCCGGCGCAGCAGAUGCGAUUCACACGGCGCCCGCUGUCACUGAUGCAGCUCCACGUUCGCCUGGCGCAGCAUAUGGGACUGACAUGGCGCCCACCAUCGCUCCAUCAACUCCAGCGCCUGCUUCGAAUGCACCCUCGCGGCCAAACUCGCCCAUCGCAGCGAAACAGCAAUCAGCGGUGGCCACCGCCACUGCUGGAGUUGCACCUGCUGCCCCUUCAAGUCCCACGGCGCCCAACACCGAAGGAGUAGAACUCGCGCCGGUUGAGGUUGGCCCAGGUUCUCCACUUACCGCCAUUGGAUCUCGCCCCGCUUCCCCGCUAAGUGGAGAUGAACCUACUGGGCGCAAAAGGAAGGCUGAUGAAGAGGUCGACGCGGACAUCACCAGGAAGAAACCGGCCAGCAAUCGGAAGAAGGGCCCACCGAGUGCACCUCAGCGCAGACAACCUACGCGUGGUAAGGCUCCCGAUAGCGUCAAUCCGGCGACAGCAGGCCAGUCGAGCAAACCGGACACCAUCAUCGAGGAGGACUUGUAA